ACAACGGCAAACACAUUCACGAUGGUUGGAUCAAUGACAAACAUUAUGUUGCUGCUUCUCUCGGUUUCUUUCCUCACUCUCUCAUCAUCAACUGACACCAGCACCCUCAACAUCACCUUCCAACGCAGCCUCAACCUGGCCAGAAAGAUCCUCCAGGAAGUCCGAGAUCUACUCAUCAAAUAUAAACAGGACAAGAUGGGAAGCUCAUCCUUUGAAGAUUACAAUAUGAUCCUGCACAGUUUACCAACUACCACCAUCGACUACAGCAGCUGGCUGCAAAUGCAGGAUGUGGAUCGCUUACUGCUUAAUACCAAGGAUCUCUACACCUUCUGGAUCCAUGUGGAUUUUAAAUGGAUUGACGAACUGGCAGAUUGCCAGGAGUCAGGAAUCAGCAAGUCCAUGGAAGUGGUUUCCCUAGAUCUCCGGGAUUUGAUCUCCCAGCUCAACUCCCAGAUCUCAGCUCUGAACAGCACGACCCCGGAGCCCUGGGACCUGAUUGUCCCCAACAAUGUCCUGAACCCAGGCCACGACUGGCACAGCAAGCUGCAAGGAUACAUCAUCUUCCGAGACCUGGAAAUGUACCUAAACAAAGUGAUCCGAGACUUCACACUCUUAAAGACCAAAUACCGGGAAUGA